AUGGCUUGGAAUCUCCUGACCCAAGAUUCGCUAUGGGCUAAUUUUUUCAAAUAUAAGUAUUGCAAAGGCAGCCAUGUGACGUUGGUGGAUAAUCGUAAAGGUUCAUUAUUAUGGAAAAGUAUCAUUAAUAUGGUUCCGAAGGUGCUUAGUCAUGCUUGGUGGUGUGUAAAGGAUGGACAGGUGUCCUGUUGGCGAGAUCCUUGGUUAAAAUCAGGUCCUCUGGUAGCGUCAUGUGACAUCUCUGCACAAUCAUCUUUAAAAGUUAGAGAAUGCCGAAUUCAGAAUGGAUGGGAUGUGGACUUGUUAAAAGAUCUGGUGGGGGAGUCAAAGCUGGAGGAAAUUCUGGAUGGUCUAGGGGAGCAUAAAGAAGGCGCAUAUGUGUUGAUUUGGAAACCUAAUUUGAAUGGGGAUUUCUCAUCUAAGUCGGCAUGGGAUUGUAUCCGUGUUCGUGCGCCAAAAUCUAAAUGGGUGUCCUGGAUAUGGCACUCUGCUCUCCCUAAGAAAUAUUCGGUUACUAUUUGGAAGGCUUUAAAUUCUAGCCUUAGUCUUGUUGAACAAAUUAGUUCUUUGGGUAUCCCUCUGGUUUCAAAAUGUGAGUGUUGUACUCAGGGAUGUAUGAAAGAUCAAGACCAUGUCCUCGCCACAGGGAUGAUUACAAUAGAGAUUUGGCAAAGAGUUUCCUUACAUAUGUGA